UUUACACAAAAUCUUGAUGGCGCCAUUUUGGGAGUCAAAUUAUCGUCUGCUAGCAUAUCGCGCACGCACGAUACACAUCACGUCCGAUGCUUGUUCGUACUCGUAGAAGAAUCGUACCGUACGACGUGCCAAUUUGUGUCGCGAAUCAAUCAUAUUGACCACUUGCACUUGCAGCAUGGAUGCCGUGGUCGAUGGUCAGUUAUCCAGUGCCAGUUCAAGUUCUGGGCCACCUAGUUCUUUGUCGGAAAACGUGGAACAACUUCCUUUGCCUGACAAGGAGAGAUACGUGAACAAGCUGGGCAACAUUGGAACGUGCGAUCCAUACCUCAUCCCCGCAUCAUGCUGCACACCGUUGUUGAAAUCCAACUUGCUACCAAAGCUAGAAUUUCCAGAUAUUUAUAUGUACCUCAUAAACUUCCCUUCGUCUUACACGGGGGAAGCCAUGAAGGCUUACAAAAGUCUAGACGGAUACAAGUAUUUCAUUGCUGGUAAAGUAAAUCACUUACUUGUGUGGCACCAGCCAAUGAAACGUGAUCCAACUACCUCUGUUUUUGUGAUUUUGUCAAAGGUACACCAUUCACAGAGACUCAAUGACCCCCCUGUCAAGGUAUGGGUGGCUUUCCAAGAGGAUGGAGUUGUGAUCACUGCGCAUUGCACAUGCAUGGCAGGAGUAACGGAGGUAUGCUCUCAUGUAGCGGCAACUCUGUUUGCUGUGUCAAAAGGUGUGGAAAUGAGCACAACUACUUGCACAUCCAAACCAUGUACGUGGAUUAAGCCAGCAAAGAGUAGAUCUAGCGGUGAGGACAUGUAUGCGGAAGCAAGCAACAUCAACUUCAGCAAACCCAAAAGGAGAAUGACUGAAACCCCAACCACUUUGCCAAAGAGCUCCUGCAAAUCUAGAUCUGUACCCCCGCCAUCUAAAGACGAAACAGACAACUUUUUCCAACAGCUUAAAGGGACAGGUGUACCAUCUGCAAUACUGUCACUUGUGCCUGCAUAUGCUGCAGAUUUCAUCCCAAAAGCUCUGCAAUUGAAACUUCCUGAGCCACUGACAAAACUCUACUGUGCAGAAAACCUCAAGGUGUCGUAUCCCCAACUACUCACCAAAUGUGAAGCUGUUUUCAACAACAUGACAAUGGAUGUGGACAUGUGUAAUGCAAUUGAGGAGCUAACCCGUCAGCAGGCAAAGAGCAAGAUGUGGCAUAUCUACCGAGCUGGUCGAAUAACUGCAUCCAAGUUCAAAUCAGUAGUGUGUACAGACCUUGCCAUGCCAUCAGCGUAUUUGAUCAAAUCAAUCUGUUAUCCAGCUGCAUACAGCUUCAGUACUGCUGCAACUCGUUGGGGCUGUCAGCACGAGAAAGAUGCAGUUGAAAGCUACACCAAGUGUCAGUCAUCAAACCAUGACAAUCUCCAUGUCAGAGAUGUUGGCUUGUACAUUUGCCCCGACCUCCCCUUUCUAGGGGCAUCCCCCGAUGCACACAUCACCUGCACCUGUUGUGGAGAUGGACUGCUGGAGGUAAAGUGCCCUUUUUGUGUAAAGGACUGUAACAUCAGUGAAGGCCUGGCAAGGAAGGACUUCCCUCUUGAGAGUAGCUCAGAUGGAAAGCUGUACCUCAAGCAUAGUCAUCCUUAUUAUUUUCAGGUUCAAGCCCAGUUGUUUGUUUCCAACAAACCCUAUUGCGAUUUUGUUCUUUGGUCUCAAACAAAACCUGAUGCUCCACAUAUUGAGAGAAUAUUCCCCAAUGAUGUGUUUCUUAAGGAAAAUGUUGAAAAAGCAAAACUGUUUUUCAAAGUGGGUAUUUUGCCUGAGCUGCUUGGUAAGUGGUACACAACAUCUAAUGUAGGAGAAGGGAACACCAUUGCUGAGUGCAGUUCACAGACACAAGUAAAUGUUUGUUGUUUUUGUCGUGAGGCAAACACUGGUCAUGGUAUUGUAGUGAGCGCGGAGUAG